UUUGAUCAAUUUAAAACAAGCACGGCCACCAUAGCCUGAGCAUGGGUCUGUAUAAAAUGGCGGAAUGACCUAACGGAAUGCCACAUGGAAGGGGAAUAUACGUAAAAAGAGGUAAAGUAUCGAGCCCGCAGGACUCAAGAAAAUGGGAAUGUGACAAAAAUUCAAGCGAUCUCACUCCUUCAUAUACAAUAUCAUCGUUUGAGGUCAAAUUGUAAAUUUUCAACUCAAAAUGCAUAAAAUAAUAUUGAUAUUUCUAGCGUCCUACCUAAUCGCAACAGUGGAAGGAGACGACUCCAGCAGUACGACUUCAAUCUCUGAAGAUUUGUUAGAUCAAGACGAAUGCGGAGUUUCUCAUUUAACUGCCAGCUCCGGCCAGUUUACCAGUCCACGAUAUCCCAAAACGUAUCGAGCAAACGGUUUAUGCGAAUGGAUUAUAGAAGUAGAAGAAGAUCAUGUUAUCGAAAUUAAAUUUGAUGAUAUUGAACUAGGAAAUAAUAAAUAUCUUGAUGAUUACGUAUUGAUAUAUGAAAUGGAGGAAAACGGAGACCAAGUAGAAAAAUAUUUUAAAGGUUCAAUGACAAUAAAUCCUAACAUGAGCCUCACUUACACAUCAAAAUCGAACUAUGUUAUUGUCUUGUUUUGGAGCGAUGGGAGUUAUAAUUUCAAAGGAUUUAAUGCUUCUUACCGUAGUAAGUGUUUCAGUAAGUUUUAA